AUGACACGGUCCUCUGGUGUCCUACCCUCUGGUGUCCUACCCACUGGUAUCCUACCCUCCGGUGUCCUACCCUCCGGUAUCCUACCCUCUGUGUCCUACCCUCUGGUGUCCUACCCUCUGGUGUCCUACCCUCUGGUGUCCUACCCUCCGGUAUCCUACCCUCCGGUAUCCUACCCUCUAGUGUCCUACCCUCUGGUGUCCUACCCUCUGGUGUCCUACCCUCUAAUGUCCUACCCUCUGGUGUCCUACCCUCUGGUGUCCUACCCUCUGGUGUCCUACCCUCUAGUGUCCUACCCUCUGGUGUCCUACCCUCUAGUGUCCUACCCUCUGGUAGCGGCCCAGGCCGUCUUGUUCCUGUGUAUGAACACAGCUGGGAUAUUCAUCAGUUACCUGUCGGACCGGGCCCAGCGUCAGGCCUUCCUGGAGACCAGGAGGUGCAUCGAGGCCCGGCUCCGACUGGAGACCGAGAACCAGAGACAGGAAAGGCUGGUUUUAUCCGUCCUGCCUCGCUUUGUGGUUUUGGAGAUGAUCAACGACAUGACAAAUGUAGAGGACGAACACCUCCAGCACCAGUUUCACAGAAUCUACAUCCACCGCUAUGAGAAUGUCAGCAUUCUUUUCGCAGACGUCAAAGGCUUCACAAACCUCUCCACGACGCUGUCGGCACAGGAGCUGGUCCGAAUGUUAAAUGAGCUCUUUGCCCGCUUUGACCGUCUGGCCCAUGAGCAUCACUGUCUUCGCAUUAAGAUCCUGGGAGAUUGUUACUACUGUGUGUCGGGUCUCCCAGAACCCAGACAGGACCACGCACACUGCUGUGUGGAGAUGGGCCUCAGCAUGAUCAAGACUAUAAGGUAUGUGCGUUCUCGUACGAAGCAUGAUAUCGACAUGCGGAUUGGGAUACACUCGGGGUCGGUGCUGUGCGGCGUUCUUGGUUUGAGGAAGUGGCAGUUUGACGUCUGGUCCUGGGACGUUGACAUCGCCAACAAGCUGGAGUCUGGCGGAAUCCCGGGACGGAUCCACAUCUCCAAGGCAGCUCUGGACUGCCUGAACGGUGACUACGAGGUGGAGGAGGGCCACGGCAAGGACCGAAAUGACUUCCUCCGCCGCCACAACAUCGAGACAUACCUGAUCAAGCAGCCCGAGGAGAGCCUGCUCACCCUGCCGGAGGACAUCAUGAAGGAGGCCGCCAGCUCCGCCGACCGCCGGGCCAGCAGCACCACCUUCAACGAGGGCUCCUGGAGCCCCGAGCUCCCCUUCGACAACAUUGUAGGCAAGCAGAAUACUCUGGCUGCCCUAACGAGAAAUUCAAUAAAUCUGCUACCAAACCAUCUCGCACAAGCUUUGCAUGUCCACUCUGGUCCUGAGGCAAUUAACAAGCGAAUAGAGAGCGCCAUCGACUUACGGAGUGGCGAUAAGUUGAGAAGAGAGCAUAUCAAGCCUUUCUCACUGAUGUUUAAAGACUCCAGCCUGGAAGAGAAGUACUCCCAGAUGAGGGAUGAAGUGUUCAAAUCCAACCUGGUGUGCGCCUUCAUCGUGCUCAUCUUCAUCACCACCAUCCAGAGCCUGCUUCCCUCUGCCAGGGUGGUGACGAUGGUGAUCCAAUUCUCGGUGCUCAUCCUCCUGCACUCCUGCCUCGUCCUCAUCACCACAGCGGAGGAUUAUAAAUGUCUGCCGCUCGUCCUGCGAAAAGCCUGCUGCUGGAUUAAUGAGACCUACGCCGCACGCAACGUCAUCAUCUUUGUGUCCAUCCUCAUCAACUUCCUGGCAGCCAUGAUUAACAUUCUGUGGUGCGACUUCGACAAGUCCAGCACCUUCCGGAACCAGACCUACAACGAGUCCGCCUCCAUCCCCGACAUCUGCUUCUACCCGGAGUACUUCGUGUUCACAGGCGUGCUGGCCAUGGUGACGUGUGCGGUGUUUCUACGGCUGAACUCGGUGCUGAAGCUGGCCGUGCUGCUGGUGAUGAUCGCCGUCUACUCACUGCUGACGGAGGCUUUCUACACCUCACUAAACUUCCUGGGAACCAAAGAAACGUCCUUGUUGCUGAUGGCCAUGUUCCUCCUCGCCGUAUUCUACCACGGCCAACAGCUGGAGUACACGGCGCGACUGGACUUCCUGUGGCGAGUCCAGGCGAAGGAGGAGAUAAACGAGAUGAAGGAGCUUCGGGAACACAACGAGAACAUGCUCCGGAACAUCCUGCCCAGCCAUGUCGCCCGACACUUCCUGGAGAAGGACCGCGACAACGAGGAGCUGUACUCCCAGUCCUACGACGCCGUGGGCGUCAUGUUCGCCUCCAUCCCGGGCUUCGCCGACUUCUACUCACAGACGGAGAUGAACAACCAGGGCGUGGAGUGCCUCCGGCUCCUCAACGAGAUCAUCGCCGACUUUGAUGAGCUGCUUGGUGAGGAUCGUUUCCAAGACAUUGAGAAGAUCAAGACGAUCGGCAGCACUUACAUGGCCGUCUCCGGACUCUCGCCAGAAAAACAGCAAUGUGAAGAUAAAUGGGGUCAUCUUUGUGCGCUGGCUGAUUUUGCCAUCGCGCUCAAUGAGAGCAUCCAGGAGAUCAACAAACAUUCCUUCAACAACUUCGAGCUUCGAAUCGGUAUGGCUCAUGGCUCGGUGGUGGCUGGCGUGAUCGGCGCCAAGAAGCCACAGUAUGACAUCUGGGGGAAGACGGUGAACCUGGCCAGCCGGAUGGACAGCACCGGCGUCAGCGGCAAGAUCCAGGUGCCUGAGGAGACCUACCUGAUCCUGAAGGAGCGUGGCUUCGCCUUUGAGUACCGUGGUGAGAUCUACGUCAAGGGCAUCAGCGAGCAGGAAGGGAAGAUCCGCACGCACUUCCUGCUGGGCCGCGUGCAGCCCAACCCGCUCAUCCUGCAGCCACGCAAGAUCACUGGCCAGUACUCGCUGGCAGCUGUGGUACUCGGCCUCGUUCAGUCGCUCAACCGACAGAAACAGAAACAGAUCCUAAACGAGAAUAACAACUCUGGCAUCAUGAAGGGCCACCACCACUACAACCGCAGGACGUUGUUGGCGCCUGGUGGCUCCGAGGUGGUGGGAGUGCACCAUGUGGAGGCGGCGGAUAAGACUGAGCUAUCCUGAGAAAAGAUGGAUGACAAGGUGGGGUGUAGGUGGAGCUGCCCUGGUGAAGAGGAGGAUGAUGAGGAAGGGAAGGACAAGACGGGACUGCGGCCCAUUUCCAUCCACCCUUAUCCGUCGACGUCUGUUUGACCGAUUCCGUCUGAGUGU